AUGGCUGUCCAGAAAGCACCAUCGGCGACAUUAUUUUACUUCCGGGGUGCCCGGUUUCCCAGUCCUCCGGUGAGUUCGCAAGGUUUGGAGCUGGUGGAAUCGUUUGAAGUUCGAGAGGACGACGUUUUCGUCUCAGCCUUCAAUAAGUCAGGAACGACUUGGACACAACAGAUCAUAUCACUCGUGACCGCCGGGAGUAAUUUCAGCGAGGUCAGUAAAAUCCCCUUGGGAAAGCGGGUUCCGUGGCUGGAGAGAGCUGACCUUCACGCAGAUGCGCCCCCUAUCAUCUCACAGCUGAAAGACAGCCCCUCCCCACGGCUGAUGAAGACCCAUCUGCCCUACAAUAUGCUGCCUAAACAAGCACGAGAAGGGAAAGGAAAGAUCGUCUAUUGCGCCCGGAACCCGAAAGACGUGGUUGUAUCAGUACACAACAUGAAUUUUAUAAACGACUACCUGCAACCCCUAUCCUGGGAAGAGACACUUCACGAAUUUCUCUCAGCACCGCCCGCAAACUUAUGGUGGAACGUAAUUCCCGAGUACUGGAGUCACAAGGACGACGCCAACCUCCUGUUCAUCAAAUAUGAAGAUAUAAAAAAGGACCUCCGCGGCCAUGUGGUGAAGAUUGCAGAGUUCCUGGGACGAAGUUUGUCAGUAGAACAGAUAGACGAGGUGACGGCCAACUGUACUUUUGCUGCAAUGAAGGAUAACCAGGCAACAAACCUGUCCCGCGACCCCGUCUUAAAAGAGAAGGUGUUUAAGCGUGGGAAUGAACAUGGUAUUGAGUUCAUGCGGAAAGGACAGGUUGGUGACUGGAGGAACUGGUUCUCUCCGCAGCAGCUGGAGACAUUCGAGGCUUUUCACAGUGAGAAAAUGGCGGGAACAGAUCUCACUUUUGAAGACGAAGAAUAGAUUUUACAGAUUGGAUAAACAUGUAGUUGGCAGAAUUUCUGUUUCAAGAUUAUGAUAGUUUUAUUGUUCUUAUAUUCCUGGCAGAUAAAAAAAAAUCAAGUUUAUAUCUCAAUUUUGAAGGCAAUCCGUAAUAAAACAGUCCGAUUUGGUUCCAUGAGCUGUUGUUCAACUCAAUACAGCAAUAUGCCUUAAAAGUAUCAACAUUAUAAAAGGUAUCACUUAACGAUUCUUUUUUUUUAUAAUGUCAGUGUUCCAUAGAAGCUAUCAUCAACCGUGUGGACCCAUUUUAUUUAUGUGUGAACGCAGCAUAGCUUAGUCCAAAACUUUCUUUAUUAGUACUAGUGCUGUCAGCAGUGAUCUUUGCCUUUACGAAGUGCUCGAGUUUGGAUGCAAUGCACUAUUGAGAAGUGCUUUCUGUGUCUUCCAUGCACAAUUAGAUCGAUAAAAAUCAUAUAGUGGGAAUAAAAGGACAAAAUAGUGUUUAAUCUGGACGGAAUAAAGUUUGAUAAAUAUCCCAUUAUCUGUGUACACUGUAUUCAUAUUGUAUUCAGCUGUGUGCAAUUACCUCUGUGCAUUAACUUGCAAAAAAUAUUAUAUUAUAACUUUUAUCAUAAGAUUUGUUAGCUUUUCUUUGCCUAAUAAAUAGAUUUAUCCAUUAAGCCAUGAAAUAGAAAUAAAAGUUACCAUACAGUACGACAGGGCUUUGAGAAAUUUUAUCACUAACUAAAAUGACUGUUGCAGAUAUAUUUAUCUCAUUUAGUUCCUCUAUGCUCUUAUUUCAGAAACAAGAUGUCUUGGAUAGAUGACUGGGCCAAUAUUUUUUCUCCUGGCCUUGCGCUGGAAGUUCAGGGUCUGGCGUUGGACUCCACACUUGACUCCUUGAGGCCAAAUGAAACAUUGUUAUGUUCCUGGGCUGACAGUGUCAUGCCUCAAGUCGGUGCCGCGGGGCCUUUGUUUAUCCCUGUCCAGGUAGUAUAGCAGGGCAGCAGCCUCUGCUUUACUUAUCGGCACUUGAAAACAAAAGCAAAACUUGUAGAUGGAUGUAGUGUAGUGUUUAAGAUUGCCUCCGCCCCCCUCCCCUAUAAUAUUUACUAAAACUAAAAAGUAAAAACAUGAAUAUCAAAUUUCCAAGCUCCAUUCCGACUUCUGCUAGAGGUACUCAUGAGCAUCAUACACAAAUUGUUCCCAGGAAAUAUACAUACACAACAACAACAACGACAACAAAAAAUGAUCUUACUUGGGGUGGUGGAAUUUGGACAACAUCAACCAGCAUUCAGCGCAAGAGAAGUUUUGUCGAACUUUUUAUACUCUCGCAAGUAGACUCUCGCGGCGUUUCGCGAUCGCGAGGUCGGACCAAAUAUGGAAACCUUGGCGUAAAAAAUCACCGCUUGCGGUCUUGUCAAUCAUGAUUGACGGCGACAAAGAAGCGCGUCUGGGAUAUCCCGGAUGGUUUAGAGUACUUGGAUUGGAUUCGGGCUUGUUUCAUGGUUUUUACGUCAUACAUACGGGUACAGUGGACAUUAGAUAUACAACCAUACCUACAACAUGGCAAAAAAAGUAUGAUACACGGAUUAGAAAAGAAGUUUA